UGCUGCUAUUUGCUGCUGGUAAGAUUUUGUGCGGCGGAGAUGCUCUGUCACAUCAGCUGAGCGCCUGCUGCGUCAACCUAAAUAGAUAACGAAACCAAAUAGCGGAAUGUCCGUUUUUUUCUAAAGGACUGUCCGGGUUUAUUUGAUUGGUUGCUUUACAAGGGAAUUGCGUAUAAAUAAGGAUCUACAACAGAUGGCGUGUGAUGCCUUUUGACUCGCUCCAAACACAGAGAAUGCUUUAACAAUAGGAUAGUAAACCAUGUCGAGCAGGAACACAAUGUCAUCUAAGGGACAGGAGUCGCCGGAAUCCUUCUACACCUAUGAUUUCUGUGACCUAACCCAUCCCACGGAGGUUCUAGAAGCCCUCAGAGAAUACUACACAGAAGGCUUGUUCACUGACAUAGCUCUACAGUGCUCUACAGGGGAGGUCUUCCACUGCCAUAAAGUGGCUCUAUGCUCCCGUAGUUCCUACUUCAGAGCCAUGUUCACAGCAGAUAUGAGAGAGAGGUCCCACAGUGUCAUCAGACUACCUGGGGUAGAUGUGGAGGUGCUGACGACUCUGGUGGACUAUGUAUACACCUCCAAGGUCUCCAUUACCCAGUGGAAUGUAGAGUCUCUGCUGGAGGCUGCAGACCUGCUGCAGUUCGGAGCCGUGAAAACGGCCUGUGAGAACUUCCUGGUUCGUCUCCUCGACGUCGACAACUGUCUGGGCAUGCUCAGUUUCGCCCAGCUCCAUGUGUGUCUGUCCCUGGAGAAUGAGGCACGCAGAGUGCUGCUCUGCCGCUUCCACGAGGUGGUGAGAGAGGAGGAGUUCCAGGAGCUGGGGGUGGAGAGGGUGAGGAGCCUCCUGCAGGAGGAGAACCUGGCAGAGGUGUUGAAAGAGGAGGUGCUGGUGGAGGGGGUGGUGAGGUGGCUGGCCCACGAUACUCUUGCCCGCAGGGGACACUUCCAGGAGCUUCUUCACUCCGCCCACUUAGACCUGAAGGAAGAGUACCUCAGGACUGGCUUGGAGCUUCAUAGAGAGUGUCUGGAGACUGCCGCUGAAGACAUCCACUCUCUAUUUGUCCAAGCUCUGAAGACUGCUUUUAAUAUCAGUAAAAGCCCUUCGGGACACUGCAGAAGGAGCAGGAGACUGACCUCCAGGAUGUUUGUGAUAGGAGGGUACCACUGGCACCCUCUGUCUGAGGUCCAGACCUGGGACCCGGUCACGGACCAGUGGCAGCAGGGGGAGGAUAUGCCAGACCACACCAGGGAGAGUUAUGGAGUUACCCUCCUGGGCUCCAACAUCUACAUUAGCGGCGGCUACAGGACAGACACUACAGAGGCUCUAGAUACAGUGUGGGUUUACAGCAGUGAUAGUGAUAAGUGGACACAGGGGCAGCCCAUGCUGUCAGCGAGGUACUACCACUGUUCUGUGGCUCUGCAUGGGUGUGUCUACGUCAUAGGAGGGUACAGAGGAGGGGCGCCCAUGGGGGAAACGGAAUUCUAUGACCCCCUGAAAAUGAAGUGGAUUCCCGUAGUUAAUAUGGUACAAGGUGUGGGGAACGCUACGGCCUGUGUUCUGAGAGACACAAUAUAUGUGGCAGGCGGUCACUAUGGUUACAAGGGAAGCUGCACUUAUGAUAAGAUUCAGACCUACAGGGCAGACGUCAAUGAAUGGAGCAUAACAACGACCUGUCCUCAUCCAGAGUACGGCCUGUGCCUGGUGUCACUGCACCCCAAGCUGUACCUGGUGGGUGGUCAGACCACCAUCACAGACUGUUACGAACCGGACAGAGAUGAGUGGAGCCAGCUGGCCAGGACCAAGGAGAGGAGGAUGGAGUGUGGCGCCGUGGCCAUGAACGGGUCCCUGUACGUCACCGGGGGAUACUCCUACUCCAAGGGCAUCUACCUGCAGAGUGUGGAGAGGUACGACCCCGAACAGGACACCUGGGAGAUCGUGGGGAAUUUACCAGGAGCAGCACGGUCACAUGGAUGUGUCUGUGUUUACGGUGUUUAGAGAGAGAGAGAGAGAGAGAGAGAGAGAGAGAGAGAGAGAGAGAGAGAGAGA